AUGGGCGGCUCCCAUGUGCUCGCGGUCAUUGUGACACUCCUCUCUGUGUUGGGGCGAUACUCGGCGUUGGCUGCGAAUUCCUGCGGCACGGAUCAGAAUCCUUACUGCGCUGGCGACAGCACAUUUGAACAAAUAUGCUGUCCUUAUCCCAAUGUCUGUUACUGGCAAAACCGAAAUGGUCAACCAGGUUGCUGCCCAGCUGGUCAAGUCUGCGAUGGCUCCUCCCCUUAUUACCCCUCGACCCCUCAGCCAACGCUCACCCUACAAACAACUACUAUACAUCCAUCUACCAUUACAAUAACACCGACCCCUGCUCCUCCGCCCUCGACCACUGUUAUUAGCGGUGGGGGGAUCAUCAUUGUCACUUCCGUGCCUAACAGCGGUUCCACUGUCACCAUUACUACCAACCCGAACAGUGUCAGCACCAUAACCACCGUUUAUGGCGGCAGUUGCGGUGGUGGUUGCGCGACGGUUACUUCUGGGGGGGCUGGCGUCUACUCGACUGUCACUUCGGUGAUUGGUGGUGCGUUCUCCACUGUUACUUCCGGAGCAGCCAGCGCAUUUUCCACCGUGUCUGGGAUCUUGGUUGGCUCCAAUAGUGCUCCCAAGCUGAGCCCUACCUCGAUGUUUGUGCACUUCAUGGCUACUCUGUUUGCGCUCGUGGGGAACUUGCUCGGAUAA